UUAUUUAAAGGCAUUCAAUUAUAUAAACCUACCAAUUCAAUAAUGCAAUAUUCAACUUUAAAAGCUAACACACACCACUUAAUUUAUGUUCUCUUCCAAAACCAAACACCCCCCAAACCAAAUAUCCUGGCGCGCGCCAUUCUAUUUUCUUCUAAUCUGAAUUUCUUUUGCAGAUCGACAUGGAAGGCUUGAGUUUCUCUAUUGGAGUUCUUGGCAACAUCAUCUCAGUGUUGGUGUUUCUCUCCCCCAUAUCUACAUUUUGGAGGAUAGUAAAGCACAGAUCGACUGAAGACUUUGAGAGCCUUCCUUACAUUUGCACGCUGCUAAGCUCUUCUAUGUGGACUUACUAUGGUCUCACAAAACCUGGUGGAUUACUUGUUGCCACUGUCAAUGGCUUUGGCAUCAUUGUUGAAGCUAUCUACGUUGCCAUUUUUCUUAUAUUUGCUCCUCAAAAAAUGAGGGCAAAGACUACCAUUCUUGUGGCGAUAUUGGACGUGGGUUUCUUGGCAGCAGCAGUAGUAGUGACUCAGGUGGCGUCUCAUGGAGAUGUACGAAUCGCUGCAAUAGGGUUCGUGUGUGCAGGCCUUAACAUUGUCAUGUAUGGUUCGCCUUUGGCCGCCAUGACAAGGGUGGUGACAACCAAGAGUGUGGAGUAUAUGCCAUUCUUCCUCUCAUUCUUCCUUUUCUUGAAUGGUGGGAUUUGGGCUCUCUACGCUUUGCUCGUACAAGAUUAUUUCCUCGGAAUCUCAUGGUUUGCCUCCCUUCUCUUUCUGGGUGAAGGCUUCACUGUUUCAGGCUUGGUCAGCGAAAUCAAUUUCUCCUACUUCUUGGUUGCCGACGCAUCUGGGUUAUCAUAGUGGGAUGCUCCGUUCUUUGAUUUGUUGGCCCGUGGGGAAGAAAUUUGGGGUACACCAUUUCUGUUGGGUAUUCAAAAAUGAAUGUUGUUAUUAGUGUUUUCUAGUCAUGGGGUUCAGUUUAAGCAGUCCAUGGCCUGGUUGGUGGUUUAGCUCCAUUCGCCGGCGGCGUGCUCAUAGGGUUUGCUGGUUUGCGAUUAUCGGUGGCUUAGCGACUGGGUCAGCUUGUGUUUCUUCGGCUGGGGAUGCCAUGACGUCAUGGCUGAUGUCAUGCACAUUUUUUCUAGAAGUUGUCUUUUGCCUUUUCGUGGGUCAAGGUCAUUAGUGUUUUUGGACUGUGUGUGAGGCAGUGUAAUUUGAUAAGCAAUCUUUUAAAUGCUUUGGUGGGUCCAAAAUCUGACUAUUCUAGAUAUUACAGUGCUCUGUUUGGGGGUACUAACAAUCCCAUUCUCAGUUAUUGUUAAGAAUGAUAUAUUGAUAUUUGGGGGUGUUAGUUUAGAUAGUUUUGUGUUAUUGGCACUGAAUGUAUUUUUCUGUUGUGAUAUGAUUUCAUAUUCUUACCUAUAGAUGCCAUAUGCUUCUUUCU